AAGAACGACUCAACUUCGUAGCCUUUGGCGUUGACACACUCGGGCCGUGGAGCAAAAGUGAGCGUGGGCUACACAUAGACCUCUGGAGGCGAUUAAGGAAGGCAACCGAACAGCAAAGACUUAUUGAAAAAGGAUCAAGUUACUAGCAACUAAAGACCUGUUUGUUGACUGUCUAAUGUGACAAUAUUUAUCACAAACUGAGAUUCAGAAUCCAGAUAAUAUUACUAAACUAAACGAUCAAUAGAUAUCACGAUGUUUGAUAAAUAUCAGUAAAUCACAGUAUUUAUUGUACGUCUAGCCUUUACAACUGAUUGUAGUGCAGUGCAAACUUCGUGGUUAAAUAAAUUAUUGCGAAUUCAUUGUCAUUGACGGGCCCUGUUGAUAAUCUAGAGAAUUCGGACUUGACCACGAUUUCAGUUUCUCGUUCCGCUAUACGACGCAAGAUGGCAAUAGUUUCUAUUUGUUGGGCAGUGAAUGGACUAUUGUAAAGCUGGCACUCACUGACUGUUACAUAGGUAUUCAAAAACCGGUGUUUAUAAAUAAACCGUAAAUGUCAGCUGAACGAAAAUGUAAUGUCAUGUCAGUCAUGUCAUUGUCAAUCGACAAUCUCAUUAUGCGGUGAUAAUGACGACUUUUCUCGAUUUAAAGUAAAUAAUGUAUUAUUUUCGCAAAGAACGACAUAAACAAAAUUAUUUCUGAUCGUAAAAAUUACUAAAGGAAACCGUUUUAUCUACCUCAUUUUAACUUGACUGAAUUUAUAUCGAUAGAGUUUUGGUAGAGGUUAUAUUUUAGUUUCUGGAAGUAGUUGAAGAGUAUAUUUACACGAAAUGUUUUGUUGGGGCAAUUCCACGCACCACGAAUUGUGUAUAGAAACAUCUCAAAACACAGAUUUGGUAUUAAAACCAACGUUCUCAAAGUGGUCAGAAAGUAACCAUGUGCAGACAGUGACAGCAGGUGAAUUCCACGCCCUUUACCUCACCAGCAAUGGUCAUUUAUAUUCAUGUGGAAAUAAUGAUGUUGGACAAUUAGGCAGGCAUACUAGCACUCCUGAUGGAUCCUCUCCUGCUUUAGUAGAAACAUUCAAAGGCUGUACAAUAUCAGCAAUAUCAUGCGGUAUGCAGCACUCGAUGGCCCUGGACGAAUGGGGACAGCCAUUCAGCUGGGGCUCGGACAUAUUAGGCCAGCUUGGCAGUAACCUAGGCUCACAUGCCCAGGACAAACCUAAGAUAGUGAAGUCUUUGGCUACGAAAAAUGUUAUACAAAUUGCGUGCGGGUCAUAUCAUUCUUUAGCUUUGACUAACAAUGGCGACAUAUACGCGUGGGGUGCUAACACAUACGGCCAAUGUGGCCUAGGAACCAUGACGAAUAAAGAGCUAACUCCUCAACACAUCGCAUCGUUGCAAGGCGUACCCAUCGCCAUGAUCGCCUGUGGAAGCAAUCACACUUUCGCGUUGACUAAAUCAGGAGCAGUGUACGGAUGGGGGAAGAACUCACACGGCCAGCUAGGGCUGCAGGACAGAGACAACAGAUGUUACCCGACACACUUGAAAGUAUUACGGAAUUCUAAAGUAUGUCACAUAGCGUGCGGGGAAGAUUUUACGGUGUUCUUAACGUUAGAAGGGGGAGUGUUCACGUGUGGCACGGGGGAAUACGGUCAGACGGGGCAUGGAGCUACCAAAAACGAACUAGUGCCUAGAAAGGUCAUGGAACUCAUGGGCAGCACAGUGACUCAGAUCGCAUGUGGGCGGCGGCACCUGUUAUGCCGCGUCGGGGAGCGCAUCCUCGCCUGUGGCUACGGUGCCCGCGGCCAGCUCGGCUGCCCUAACAUGUCUCUCGCGCUGCUGCCGACGCCUGUGCCCUUCACGCCUGGUGAUUCACCGAAUAACAGUCCGGUCAGAAGUAAGUUCUCACAAGACCUGUUCAGAGGGCCAAUGAAAGUGUACGCCGGCGGUGACCACAGCUUUCUGGUGGUGAACGGCGACAAGUCCCUGGGCACGGACUUUAGGGUCCCCGACCACAAUAAGCAGGUGUUGACGUUGAAUUUGCCGAAGCUGGCAGCUUGUGAGAUGUUUAAGGAUGAUGAUGUGGUUAAUCAAGAUCUGAUGGCGUACUUGGAAACGGUGUUCGGUGCAGCAGCCUGUAUUAACGGCUCGUUCCUGCUAGCCGAUAAUAACCACUAUGGCUGUAAUAAGAAGGUCCACGGAGUAGAUCUAAAGAAAGCAGAAGAAGCCUUCACGCUUAUAAGCAGGAUUGAGAACACUUCUAUAAAAGAGCUGAUAUUCAGUCACCUAACCGAGAACGUGAUAAAGAAGAUCAAAGUGUCUCCUCCUGACGCCGAGGCUCUUAGACUAUUCAUGAUUCUACCGCUGUACCAUGAGAUGAGAAACCCUAGACGGCAUACGGAAUUACAGGGUCCAUUUGCGGAAGCGUUCAACAAGUUGUCUAUAUACCCGCAACGCAUCGUCAAUCUAUGGUGGGAACAAGAGAGCAACGAUUACUUCGAGAUGCUCGUUGAUAUCUUCAAGAGCGUCAUCGUUUAUGAGCUGAUGCAACCUAAUGUUAGAGCGAAUAAGAAAAUUUAUUUUAGUCACAGCCUAGUUCAAAUUCUAAACACGUUGUCUUCCCUCAACAAAAUCAACUUCUCCAACCCGAAGAAACCAAAAAUACCUGCCGAGUGCUUCUACAUUGAAGAUCUAUCCAACUAUGUUGAUAUCGCUACAGACUAUAUUAAUUGGUUGGCGGACCAGGAAUCGUCAUCACCUCAUAUGUGCAACUACGCCUUCCUCUUCGACGUUCAAUGCAAAUCCCUCCUUCUAAAGAUCGACCAGCAACUCCAAAUGCAGAUGGCCGUAACGCGGGCUGCCACACAAAUAUUCACCAGAAUAUUCAUGGAUCCCGGCUAUGAGUUCCAAAGAGACCAGUUUCUAAAUCUAACGGUUUCGAGGAACCAUAUAGUGAGGGAUACUAUGCUGCAAAUCAGUAAUCAUGAUAGUUCCCAGUUAAAGAAACCACUAAAAGUAGAAUUCGUAGGCGAGGAAGCAGAAGACGCCGGCGGAGUUAAAAAGGAGUUCUUUUUGUUACUGCUGAAGGAAAUAUUCGAUCCAGUCUACGGCAUGUUCAAGCAGUCGGAGGAAACCAACAUGAUAUGGUUCUCCAAUAACCCUUUUGAAGACGACGUUAUGUAUUAUUUGAUAGGUGCUAUCUACGGUCUAGCCAUCUACAACUCCAUAAUAAUCUACGUGCCGUUCCCGCUAGUGUUGUACAAGAAGAUCCUGGGCGAGUCUAUCAUGUUAGACGACCUUUCCGACCUCUAUCCCACGCUGGCCAAUAGUCUCAAGAGUCUACUUGAAUAUCCCGAUGAAGAUGUGGAAGAUGUAUUCAGCCUAUGCUUUGCCGUUAACACGGUAGUGUUCGACCAAAUUCAAGUUCAUCCGCUGAAGGAGAACGGCGAAAACAUAUCAGUCACUCACGAGAACAAAGCCGAAUACGUGGAGAUGUAUGUCGACUUUCUACUCAACAAGUCCGUCGAGAAUCAGUUCAAGGCGUUCAAUCAGGGCUUUCAAAAGGUAUGCGGCGGCAGGAUAAUAAAGCUGUUCAGGUCCCACGAGCUGAUGUCCGUGGUGAUCGGCAACGAGGAGUACGACUGGGACCAGUUCGAGGCCAACUGCGAGUACAAGAACGGGUACACGCACACCGACCAGCAGGCCAGAUGGUUUUGGGAAGUGUUCCAUGAGCUGUCCUUGGAAGAUAAGAAGAAGUUCCUACUCUUCUUGACUGGUAGCGACAGAGUUCCCAUACAAGGCAUGAGAGAUAUCAAAAUCAGAAUCCAGCCAGUAGCCGACGAUAGGUACUUCCCUGUCGCCCACACAUGCUUCAACCUGCUCGACCUGCCGCGGUACAAGACCAAAGAGCGCCUCAAGUACCACCUGCUCCAGGCCAUCCAGCAAACGCAAGGCUUCUCCCUCGUCUGAUAUUGGUUGAACUCAAGUGAAAGACCAACCCGAAGAUGGCCCAAUAACGCUCCCAGCGAAUUCGUUGCCGUGACCACGGCACCGUCGACUAAGUGUAGUCAAUGUGAGGUAAGACCGUCUACAAGCUCUUUCGUUGCUUUUAGACGUAGACAUAGACAUAGAAAAUUUUUAUUCAACAUCACAUGAAAUGGCAGAGUUAACAGACAGUGAAAUUUAAUACAAAAUAAGCCUUAAAUUUAGACUUCAAAACUAUGAAAUGUUAUAAAGUGUUAUAUAUCUAAGGGAGAUAUAUACAUGAGUGUUAAAAAAGAGCUUGCCUCAGCAUAAUGUUUCAGUAUAUUUACUACAACGCUGGUUUUCAGGCAGACCCUUGAUAUAUUAUCCCUUACUCGCUGUUAGUCGGAAACUAAAUGGCUUAGAGUUAUGUUAAUAUAUUUUAACUUUUGCGUUUCUACACUUACGUCACUUACAGAACGUCGGUAGAGCAGAAGGUGUGAAGCUCUUCCUUUCUGACUGUCUGAGCGACGUACGUAUACAAAUACGAGUUAUUGCUUUACGACGGUCUUCCCUGCAAUCAAUUUUAUAUGGCGGUCUUACCCACAUUGAGCUUACCGUAAAAAAUGGAAAUUUCAGUCAAUGCUUCCAGCGUCAGCUUCGAACGGAUUCACUUAGAGCGUUUUCUGCAGUUAAAUCUGGGUGUUGGAAGGUAACGGAGUUGCAAACGCUGUUUUAAAUAUGUUUUAUAUCACCUUUGUAUUAUUGUCGGUUUUAGGCUAAAGGUACCACAUUGUCGGUCGUCAGUGCACAUGAUAUGCGUUAGACAAUACAGUGUCAUGUAAACGCUAUUGAACUUAGAAGAUAUAGACGAUAUCUUAUUGCAGAUUUGUGAACAUACUCCUUUCUCUACUACCGACAAAGUGUUAUCUUUUGCAAAGAUUGUGCUUUUAUGUUUUCGCCAGAAUAUAUUUUUAUAGCCAA